CUCUCCAUUCCUAUAGGUUUCACUCCGGUUUUCGGUGGCCGGAAGAAGAGGACCAAAAGAGUUUGAGUAAAGAUGGCGAGCUACGAGCAUCCCUACAGUCCCAGGGACCUCCAACUUCCGGGUUAUGUGCCCCUUUCCUUAUCCCAGAUCGACAUCGUUCUGCCCUAUCUCGGUUCCUCCGUCGUCGUCGUCGCCGCGAUCUGGUUUCUCUCAGGGCGCUUUCCAAAGUUAUCAAAGACGGAUAGGCUACUUAUGUGUUGGUGGGCAUUUUCGGGAUUGACUCACAUAAUCCUUGAAGGGUAUUUUGCUUUUGUUCCAGACUUCUUCAAGAAGAAAACUCCCUUCUAUCUCGAUGAACUAUGGAAAGAGUAUGGUAAGGGUGAUUCAAGAUAUGUUAGUAGAGAUUCAGCAAUUGUUGCACUUGAAGGAUUUACUGCUGCGAUAGAGGGUCCAGCUUGCCUGCUAGUUGUAUAUGCAAUUGCAUCAAGAAAAUCAUACAGCUACAUCCUCCAGUUUGCCAUUUGCCUGGGCCAGCUUUAUGGCUGCAUGGUAUACUUUGUCACUUCAUAUUUGGAUGGAGAUAACUUCGCCACCAGUCCUUUCUACUACUGGGCAUACUACGUCGGAGCAAAUGGCUUCUGGGUUGUCAUCGCAACGCUCAUUGCAAUCAGGAGCUGGAAGAAGAUUAUUUCAGUAUUUGAAUCGGGCAAUAAGAAAAAGACUAAGUGAUGCAAAUUCUAGUCUGGAAGACUUCCUCAUCGUCUGUGAUUGUUCCCAGAGUUGCAGCUUAUAAACUUUCUUGUGUUGUAUUCUCCACUUUGUUUAUUUAAUAACCUGUUGUAAUUUGUAUUGAGGUUGCAAGAAAAUAUGAGAGAAUUGGUCAUGUAGCUUUCUGCUUUCAGAUUUCUAGAAUUUGUAGACUUUAUUGUAGCUUCCUUGUAUUUAUAGCUAAGGUGAAUUUAAGUCAGUUUUUCCACUGCUUGCUUAAUUUUA